AUGCCCGAGAAGGGUAAAUCAGUCGUGGAUCGCCAAUUUUGCCUGUUUUGGGUUCUGCUCGGCUCACCUGCCUUGUCCUCGGACAUCGCCCCGACUUUACUUUCCGCUCCACCUCGCACUCCGCUCCGGGGUCCGGACGAGGUAUGGGGAUUCCCCACGUUCUUUCGCUACCCCUCGUUCUCGGAGUCGCGCCGGGUUUUCGGCUGA